AUGGACGCCGGCGUGCUCGCCAGUCCCCUGGAAAAAAGAAUGAACGGUCGUGGUGAUCAACUUCCUUUCGACGAUCUUCACGUCGGGUUCUUCAGACAUCGACCCUUCCCGUCACCUCCUUUGACGGUGGACGCAGAAGAAAUGUAUCCCGAAACCUACUUUUUUCAACAGCGUCCCGUAUUCUUUACCGACUCGGCCAACCUUCUCAACAGGGACAAGCUGCACGAAGCUUACAGCUUGUGGGGCAAGAUUCACGUCGUCGAUACCGAUGGACCUAGGUUCCUUACCAUACUCCCGGACACCCGGCGCCCUGCGGAUGCUUUAGGGCGAUAUACACACGACGAGGGUCUGGAAAAGUACGUUGAAAAAGUGCAAGCCAUUGAGCGACUCUAUGGCAGGAGCAUCGCCCACGUUGCGUUCGGACCGGUCAUACUUAGAAGGCCGUCAGAUGUACCUGAUCGGGAGCGCAGAUAUCCUGAGCUGGUGUUGUGGAGAGACAUUAGAAAUGCGGCUCCAUUGCCCUUCAACCACGGCCUGAACUCCGGCCAACUCAGGGAUAUAUUGAAGCGGGACAAAUUCGUCAAAAUCAGUAGUCAAGAUGGCCUCUCAUCCUUCGUGUUGCGCUUCGACGUUGAUGGGACGCUCCACAACGGACUUCUUGGCGACAUGGAUCCCGAGCUGCUCGACUUCUUCUGA